AUGCCUUUCAAAUAUAUAAAAAAAGAAACGUCUAGAACCAGGAGCAAUUUAGAUCUGUCAGUAAUAAGAAAUGCUAUAUGUGACAUUGAUAAAGGAAAUUCUAUUAGAGGUGUUGCUUUGGAAUAUGGAAUUGAUCGAAAUACUUUACGAAAUUAUUUAAGAGACAGGUCCAAAUUGACUAAAAUAACUGAACAAGGAAGUCAGUUUAAAACAUCUUUGAUAUUUACGAUCGAGGAAGAGAAAGCACUUGUUGACUAUGUUCUAACUUGCAGCAAAAUGAAUUAUGGCUUAACCAGACAGGCGGCUAUGAAGCUGGCAUAUGAAUAUGCAACAAUAAAUUCUAAAAAGGUUCCAGAUUCUUGGACUUCCAAUAACUGUGCAGGAAAAGAUUGGUUCAGAGGAUUCAUGACAAGAAACCCUGAACUAAGUUUGAGGACCCCAGAAGCUACCAGUUUAUCAAGAUCAACCAGCUUUAAUAGAAAAAACGUUGCUGAUUUUUUUGACAACCUCAAAGAAGUUAGAGAAAGAUUUAAAUUUGAAGCUCAUAACAUUUAUAAGUGCGAUGAAACGGGGUGUACGACUGUACAAGAAUGUCCCAAAGUAAUAGCGAGCAAGCAUGUUCGUCAAGUUGGACAAGUAACUUCGGCUGAACGUGGCAGUCUUGUGACCGUUUGUUUCGCCGUGAACGCUCUGGGAAAUGUUAUUCCACCAUUUUUCAUAUUCCCUAGGGUUAAAUACAACGAAUCCUUUGUAGCUAGUGGACCACCAGGCUCACAAGGUGACUCCUAUCCGAGUGGAUGGAUGACAACCAAGAGUUUUGUAAAAUUCAUGGAGCAUUUUGUCAAGUAUUCGAAAGCGUCUGUUCAAAACCAAGUCCUGCUUAUCCUCGACAACCACGAAAGCCAUGUCAAUAUUGAAGUCGUCAAAUACGCAAAAUUACAUGGAGUAACUUUGCUUUGCCUACGUAUAUAA